GAUUUGCAUGGUGGUGUGCUGUAGGUCAAGAUGUUUGCUGUUCAUCUUAUUUCAUUUUUCUUCUCCAAACUCAACGAGGACCCCACAAAGAAGGUGGACAGGUUUUUAUAUGCCAUGCGUCUCAAUGAUGACAAGCUACAGGAUAUCUCAGCUCACUUUCAGGCCGAAAUGAAAAAGGGGCUUUCAGCUAAAAGUAACGCAGCAGCAGCAGUGAAGAUGCUGCCCACGCAUGUCCGCUCCACACCCGAUGGAUCAGAGGAAGGACACUUUCUGGCGUUGGAUUUCGGGGGCUCCAAGUUUAAAGUUCUCCAAGUUAAAGUGAGAGAAGAUGUGGAGAGUAAGACGGGAGGAGAAGUGAAGCUGGAGGAGCAAAUUUACCCGAUACCUAAGGAGCUCCUGUUUGGGAGAGGAACAGAGUUGUUUGGCCACAUGUCAGGAUGUCUCAAGGCUUUCAUGCACCAGAAGAACAUCAGCUUGAAAGAGAAACAUCCUCUGGCCUUCACCUUCUCUUUCCCCUGUGAACAGAGGACCUUGGACCAGGGAAUACUGAUAAACUGGACUAAAAACAUCCAUACUCGAGGUCUCUUGAGGAAAGAUAUGGUCCAGACCCUCAAACAAGCCAUUGAUAGAACUGGGGACAUGAAGAUAGAUGUGUUAGCGCUUGUUAAUGACACUGUGGCCACCAUGAUGACCUGCGGGUUUGAAGACCAAUACUGUGAAGUUGGACUCAUUGUUGGUACAGGUACUAAUGCGUGCUACAUGGAGGAGCUGCGUCACAUUGACCUGGUGGAGGGAGACGAGGGCAGGAUGUGUGUGAACACUGAGUGGGGAGCCUUUGGAGAUGACGGGGCACUCAAAGAUUAUAUCACUGAGUUUGACAGGGACGUCGAUGCAGCCUCCAUCAACCCAGAACAUCAACUCUUUGAGAAGAUGGUCAGUGGGCUUUAUCUGGGAGAGCUGGUGAGGUUGGUCAUCUUAAAAAUGGCAAAAGAAGGGCUGCUGUUUGAUGGACAUGUACCCAAUGCACUGAGGACCAAAGGAAAGGUGACAACUGCGCACGUUGCAGCCAUGGAAGAGUAUAAGGACGGUCUGAAGAACACAAGAAACAUUCUGACUGGCCUGAAUCUGAGCCCAUCAUCUGAGGACUGCAUUGCUGUUCAGCAUGUCAGCACUAUUGUGUCCUUCAGAUCUUCAAACCUGGUUGCUGCGGGCUUGGCGGCCAUCUUGACUCGGAUCCAAAAAACCCGACAGUUGAGAACCUUAAGGAUCACUGUUGGGGUUGAUGGAACACUGUACAAGACUCACCCACAAUACGCCAAACGUCUCCAUAAGGUAGUGCGUCGUCUGGUUCCUGAGUGCCACGUACGAUUUGUCCUAUCAGACAGUGGCAGCAGCAAAGGAGCCGCCUUGGUAGCGGCAGUUGCCCAACGAGUGGCAUCACGCAGGCGAGAGGUAGAUGACAUACUGUCAUCCUUCAGACUGAGUGAAGGCCAGCUCCAUUUGGUCAAAAUGAGGAUGAGGGCGGGGCUGGAGGCGGGGCUGAAGCAUAAAGGUCCCUCCUCAAUAAAGAUGCUGCCUUCUUAUGUGUAUUCUACUCCUGAUGGCACAGAGCGUGGAAAAUACCUUGCUUUGGAUCUAGGAGGCACCAACUUCAGAGUUUUGUUGUUGAAGUUUAAAACGGGUCUGUAUAACAACAUACAAGUGCAGCAUAAGAUCUACACCAUACCGCUGGAGAUAAUGCAGGGAACAGGAGAAGAGUUGUUUGAUCAUAUAGCCGAGUGCAUCGGUGACUUCCUGGACUACAUGGGGUUGAAGAACACUCAUCUUCCCGCGGGCUUCACCUUCUCGUUCCCCUGCGAGCAGACAGCGAUUGACACAGGGACACUGGUGAGCUGGACCAAAGGCUUCAAGGCCACAAACUGUGAAGGACAUGAUGUUGUUGGAAUGCUGAAAGAAGCCAUCAAGAGACGCAACGAGUUUGACCUGGACAUUGCAGCCAUAUUGAAUGACACAGUUGGGACCAUGAUGAGCUGUGCCUAUGAAGACCCAAAGUGUGAAAUUGGAUUAAUAGCUGGAACAGGCACUAAUGUUUGUUACAUGGAGGAACUGAGAAAUGUAAAGAAGUUUAAAACAAAUGAAGAUAAAAUGGAAGAAGAAGAAGAAUCACCAGAUGACAAGCAGGGUGAACCAAUGGGGGGAGAAGAAAGAAAAGGGGAAGAAGAGACAAAAAAAAAUGUGUAUAAAUACAGAGUGGGGGGGUAUGGGUGAUGAUGGCGCAUUAGAUGACAUCAUCACACCUUAUGACACUGAGGUGGACCAAAUCUCUGUCAACCCUGGGAAACAAAGGUUUGAGAAGCUGAUCAGUGGGAUGUAUUUAGGAGAAAUUGUCCGCCAGGUUCUACUGGAUUUAACCAGAAGAGGUUUGCUUUUUAGAGGACGUGUCACAGAAC